AUGAUCAAGUUGGUAAUUGAGGCAGAACCGCAGCAACACGCCGCUCGGGAGCCGAUCACUACAAGCAUCCAGGUGGCCCAACCAACGGCAGAGCAAUCACAAGCACAGCAGCAAAACCCCCUUAUGGUUGCUGACCCGAAGACGCUUUCAAAAGAAGAGAAAGAAAAACAGCUGCAGCUGUUAUUAGAAGACGAAGCUGCGAGCAAAGAUCCCAAAAUCGUACUCGCGGAGGCAAAUGAAAAUACUCUUGAACGCUUAAAAAUGCCGUCUUAUUAG